GGCUCUCAAGCGGAAAGCAUAUGGUACGCACGCGAAUCUCUUCCCGCCGUGAACCACGCCGACCUCGCAUUCUAACGAGUACCUGGCAGAAUCCGACUCGGACGACGAGAUUGACCACUACGGCAAUCGUGGUCAUAAACUGCAGAAGCGCGCACUCUUUUCCCACAAGGGCCAACUCGCACCACCCUCCGGCCCCGAAGUUUACAACGAGGUACAUUGCGCGUCCCUCCCAUACGCUUGCCCACAGCGUCCGACCGACACUGACGAUUGCAGGUGAUCGACUACGCCGGCCAGCAGCGCACAAUAAUCAGCCGCAACCCUCCCAUUGUAGACGAAGAAGGUUACGAAAUUGACAGCGACGACGAGGAGGAGCGCAUUCAAGAGGCUGUCUCCUCAGCCACAGAGCUUGACCCGUAUGCCAACAUUCGCAUUGAACGUCAGUACCACCCAAUCGUGGCCCCAUGUUCACAGCUAACCCUCAACCAGAGAUCCUAGCUCCCUUGACUGCCUCAAUCGAUCUGCCAACACAUCCGACCCUUUCGAAACCCUUCACGGCCAAGACCCUGGACGAGAUUGCCGACCAAAGCUGCGAUGUUCGACGGAAAGAAAAUGCAUCCCUGUGGAGAGUCAGACAUCUCUUCACAAAGAUUUGCGGCGACUACACAUGGGUGCCCUGUGGCAUGAUGGUUGGUCCGGACGAUGCCGACCUGUAUUCGACAGACUAUGUCGAGCGCGGCUACCUACAAAACACGAAAGCCACCGCUGCCGGGUCAAACGAGGACGCCUCCUCUGGUACGUUGAGCGGCGAUGCGAAACCAGAACACGCGCCAAACGGCACGAAUGGCGAGGCGUCUGGAGACAAAGAGAAUGGAGAUGGCGACGUUACCAUGACGGAUGCCGGCUCCGAGAAGGGGGAUGCUGCGAAAGCCGCACUUGAAAAGUCGGAUAAGGAGCACUCUCAACCUGAAGCAGACGCAACCCAGACAACAAACGGCGAAGCCUCAAAGCCCAGCACGCUGAUUAAAGAUGCCCAUGCCGAAAGCAAAGCCGACAAGAAGCAGAAACAAAAGGCAGUCGAUGUUGAAAUGCACGACGGCAACACGAUACCUCCGUCGCAGCCCGGAACAGAACUGGCUAAUGGCAACGGUACGCAUGCGCCGUCAAUGGUAACAGCAUCAGAGGCGGCGGACGAAACCUUUGUUCACCCAUUCUUCCGGCCGCCGGCCAACGCUCGUCCAGACCGAGAUGUGGGUCUACCGGAGGCAGAGGCCGAGGAUAUCCGCCGCUUGCUAGCAUUGUACGUACAAAAGCAAGAGGAGGUCUGUCGUGGUGCUAUGAAGCUCCACGAAGGCCUCCUCAAGGCCAAUCGGCUACGCAACACAGUUCUCGAGUGGUCCAAGUCGGAAGCGCACAGCGGUGCCAACCGGGACAUGUCUGACGGCGAGGACUGGUACGACAAGGAGAAGUGGGGCCUAACGGACGAUCUUAAGAAGGGCCAGGACGACGAGGAAGAAGACACGGGCACCGUAGCCAAGAAGACUAGGAAUCGCAGGUGAACGGGUGCCCGGGCGUUGUUGGCUUAACUUUGAUGGACUGUCUUGUCCGGGUCAUGGUGUUUUUGAGGUUGACGUUGCAAUUUUGAUACCCCCCAUAUUGCGAUUGGUUCCAGGCGGCGCGCUGUUUUAUACUUAGUUAUACAUGCCGGAUUCUUCGAUGACUCUUUUUUAGUUCAUGAUCUAGUUUCUUGGCCACCUGCCUUUCCCUAAUGUUGCAGAGUCCUUGAAGCGUGCAUUGAGCCGGAUGUGCUGGCAAAGGUGCUCUUUCAUGAGCUACCGCUUGCCGCGCCAAGGGGUCGUCGGAUAGCUACGGCGGGGAUGGAGGGUUACUUUACCCCAGCCCCGAAGACCAUCGAAACCCCGUGAGAAAAGAAGCCUAAGGCAAAUACCUUGAGCGCAAAAGCGAACGGUAACCUAAGUACUUACAUAAUUGCCUCAAGGUCCGGGAAGGUAGUAGGAUGA